AUAAAACGUCAAACGAGCGUUUGCAAAUCAGGUGACGAGCGAGCCAAUGAGAACCUGCACCUGACGACCAUGCACCUGAUCUGGGCGCGGCAACACAAUAGGUUGGCGACACAGCUGGCCAAGCUCAACCCGACCUGGAGUGAAGAGGUGGUGUUCCAGGAGGCAAGGCGGAUAGUAGGGGCGCAGAUGCAACACAUCACCUACGCUGAAUUCUUACCGGCCAUACUAGGUGUGGAUGUAAUGUGGGCAUUAAACUUGACUCUGAAAGACACGGGCUACUCCAGCGUGUACGAUCCUUCAGUGGACCCGUCCAUCGCAAACCACUUUUCAGCUGCUGCUUUCAGAUUUGCUCACACUCUUCUGCCUGGGCUGAUCCACCACGUGGACGCGACCACGGGCACCGUCAGCUACACCCACCUGCACGAGAUGUUGUUCAAUCCGUUCGCCUUGUACAACCGCGAGGCGGGCGCGCGGCUCGCGGUCAAGUCCGCCAUGGACACGCCCGUGCACGGCGUCGACCCGCAUGUCACCGCUGAGCUCAGCAACCAUCUCUUCGAGCGAUCAAACUCUUUGAACUCCUCCUACGAAUCAGCGAUGGGGCCUCACCCCUGCGGGCUCGACCUGGUGUCUUUGAACAUCCAGCGCGGCCGCGACCACGGGCUGCCCUCCUAUCCUGCCUGGAGGGAACUCUGCGGCCUGUCCCGACCCACCACCUUCGAUGAUCUGAAUGCAAUUUUCGAUGACCUGUCUCUGAGCAGGAUCGGUAAGAUUUACAAAAACGUGGCUGACAUAGACCUGUACACGGGCGCACUGGCCGAGAACCCGCGCGGUCGGCUGCUGGGACCCACGCUGACCUGCCUCAUCGCUGACCAGUUCUACCGGCUGAAGGUCGGAGACAGGUUCUGGUACGAGACUGAUGAGGAGGAAAUCAAAUUUACUUCAGAACAACUAUACGAGAUCCGCAAGACCACCCUUGCUGGUGUGAUAUGUGCGAAUGAGGACCUCCUGGACCAGGCCCAGCCGAAGGUGAUGGAGGCUUUAAGCGCCACUAACCCGCUAGUGGACUGCAAGGAACUGCCACAGCCGAACUUCGCGCCAUGGAAGGACAUGUCAUCUUCAAAAUAAGAUUCAUUCUCCAAGAGUAAUAAGAAAACUAAGAAGACUUAGGCCAGGCUCUGUAAGGAUAAGCAAAAUGUUCCUUUACUUUAUCAAAUACACUACGUUAUAUAAACAUUUAUUUACCUAUAACUUCUUUUACUCUACAGCUAAUAGUAAUUCUAAAUUAAUCUAUGCUUACAUUCGUCUGUAGAUUCUUACUACACGGGUAUAUUAAUUAUUAAUACUGUUACUACCGCUUUUAAUACCGACGUUGUAUUUAUUUUACUUAUAACGUUAGGCUUUUUUUCUGCCCCUUUCAGACCCAUCUUCUUCCAUUCGUCAGAGUAAAAGACUUGGGUGAGCCCUCACUACUGCUUCAAUGUUACCAGCGUCUACCAAUGUUUGUGUUCUGUAAAUAGGGCUGCUUAAAAUAAUCAAUGGUAUUAAUCAAUUCUCAAUUCUCGUGAUUUCGAGUUUGGGUAGAGUUUUCGUUCAGUUGUGCUUCUUCCGCUUUGAAUACAAUGCCACGCAAUGGCAAAAUGUUCAGUGAAAAAAUGUCAAAAUAACAGCAUAAUAACCAAACUUAAAAAGGAUGAUUUACUCCAUAAAUCAGUAACACCUUACAAGAUUUAGUAUAAUUGCUAACUAUAGCAAUUAUCGCCGCGUACACAAAGGCUAAAUUGUAAAUCAAAUUAUACAUUUUAAAUUUUUUUUGGUCUAUAGUCUAAUUCUAAUGUUUAAUUAAAAAAAAUAGAUAUCGUCCGUCAGAGAUGCUUUUUCGUCAUAUUAUGCUAUGUUCAAAUGUAGAUUGGAUUACUUUUCUUCAAAUUUGUGGGUGUGCUAAGAACUAGCAUAGAUUAGUCUGUUCUCUUUGAAUACCAAACUAUUCAGAUUUCAUCGUGAAACACCUAACGGCCGUUCCCAAUAUGCUAUCUACAGAUAGAGAUAAAUUACUGCCUUCUAAUGUCAGUAAGUAACUGUCAAUAAUUUGAAGUUGUUCCAAUAUACCCGAUAAGUCAUUCUUAUCGCCUUAUAUUGGGACGCGUGAAUUGCAAUUUCCAUACAAACUUCUAUCGCUGGUAAGCUAUACGUCGUCCCAUUGACAGACAGCGUGUAUGGAUAACGGCCGUUUUCAAUAACCUAUCUAUUCUUACUUUAACUUAGAUACUACAGGUAAGACAAAUAUAUCGCUUACUUACAUUUCCAUAACCUAUCGACAUAAAGCAUUGGACUAUAACUAUAUUGGACAUAACUAUGGAUAGAUAAGAUCUUGUCAUUAGACGGUGACAGCAAUGUAUCCUUAACUAGCUAGAGAUGCGUUUUUGAAAACGGCCGUAAGAUGAGUUACCGUCGGUAAGUUUAUAGGGACAGAAAAGUCAACGAUAGUUACGAUUUUUUACCUCAAGUAGCCCACAGCAGGAGAUAGACUGAAUAUUGGGAAUAGCCGUAAGUCACAUUGACACAGUCGGCUAUCGAAGAUUAAUGCCAAAAUUAUUGAAUGAAUCAAGAACCAACAAGAAGUCAAUUUUCACACUGAAAACUUACUACUAAAAGUGUUAACAGAUAUUUUUAGGUAGGUAGGCUAGACUGCUCGUUGUGUCAAAAACAAUCAUUUUUGACGAAAUAAGUAAGUAUUAUAAUAUUAUAUACCAUAGGUAUGUAUUAUAAAUACUUACCUUUUAUAUUAUUUCAUUAGAUAUAAGUUGCUAUAUCGUAUAUACAGGCUGUUAAAAAAUCCUGUAGUAAUCCUACUAUAUCUUGAGGCGUAUAUUGGUAGCAAGUAGUGAGAACAAAUUAAUAUUGAUUUGUAGGAAAAAAGCAUAUUAAAAAAAUCUUACAAAAAAAAGAUUAUUAAACGUAGCGAAUUAUAAAAGCUUAGACACCUGUGCCUGCGGCCAUUUUAAUUUUAAUAAUAAACAUCGGCCGUCUUAUUCGUUUGAGGUCAGGGGGAUGACCUUAGUUUACUGGUAGAAUAAAUAAGUCAGGGGUUCAAUUUUUAAAAACAUUUAAUAUGAACAUAAGUAUGUGUUCUUUUCACUGUAGCAUUUCAUCUACUGGCUUUUGAUUUUUUAUUUUAUUUUUAGUGGUGUCUCCGCAUUCAACUUCAUAUCCGAGUCAAUUAUUAUCGUACAGGGUUUUUUUAACAUACUGUAUAACCUUACACACCUUCACAUAUUAUGCGGUUUGUAUUAGGUAUAUAAUAUAAGGAAGCAUAUAAUUUUAUUUUAUUUUAGACUAUUUGUAACGUAAAAUAAAUAUGUUUUUGAUUGAUGAAGAGAACUAAUUUAAUCAGUAUAAAUUAUAUUUUGCUUUUUUUUUGUUUAAAGGUAAACACUAAAAAACGUUUUGUAUCUAGUUCUACGUAAGUAAUUGUAAGCUCACCAAUUCUAGUUAUAGAGGUAAUAUUCUGUUAAUUUAAAGGACAAUAUAGAAGAAGAAAUUAUAGUUUAAUCUCCAGAAUUAUUUCUACUGUAAGACCAGCGAAAUCUAAAUCAAUUAUUUUAAUGUUAUACCUAUAUUGAAAGUUACCUUCAGAAGUUUAGUCAAAAUCAAUUGUGGAGAUUCAGACUUUUAGUCGCCUUUUUAUUUUAGCAACGUUGUUUAAUUCAAAUUCAAAUAUUUUUAUUCAAAAUAGGAUAUAAAAUCACUUAUUGAAAUUCAAAAACUACCACCAAACGAAUGACUCAGACCUGAGAAGAACUGGCACAACAAACUCAACGGGCUUAUUUUCAUAAGAACAUGUUACAUGGUUAUUAAGUAAAAUCGUACAAUUUAACUUAUUAUUUAAUAGCCUGAGGGCGGUGGCACCAUUCCCAAGCUGUGUCCCCAGUGAAGUCCUCGGUUAAAUAUUUGAUUCAUAUCUGCUGCUGGAUACAGCAGACCGAAAAUCAAUAGACCUGCUACAGACUACAGUGCUACAGUAUAAUAUUUUGCCCUGAUGCUCUGAAAUACAUACUGAGAGCAGGGGAAUUGGAAAGGGAUCGGUCUAUUAUGUGAGGCUAACUAAAGAGAAAAUUCUUUGUUACAUCAAUAAAUCAAAUUCUUAAUUUGCGUAUAAACAUUGUAUGUUCCGAUGGUACAAUAGGUACCUAUUUCAGUUUUACAUGUUUCGCCGGGUUUAACUAGGCAUGCAAAUGAAUACAGGAAAGCGAUGAAAUAUUCGGUUUAAUUGUUUAAUAACGGCUUUUAUGUACGUAAAACAAAAAGUGACGUGUACUUGCCGAAAGACAGACAAUCCUUCUAAAUCUGAUAAAUAUUUCAUCGAAGAGUCAAUUAGAAUACACAAAAGCCACGCGAAUAAUCAGCGUUCUUAUUGGCCAGUUUGGUAACGAGUGAGUCAUUGCUUGAUCGGUAUUGGUCAUUAUUAUUAUAGAGCCGCCGUGCCUUGUUCUUCUGGAACGCAGGUCCUGUAGAGGACUUCAAUGUACACAAUAUAAUGUUGCUUAUCUGAAGGAGUAAUGAACCCUGAAGUAAAAUAAACAUAAUUAUAAGUAAUUACAGUUCAAUGUGUUCACGACACAACAUACAGACUAUUAUAUUGAUUGAAAUCUAUUUUUAGCCGGUGUUUGGUUUAUUGUUUUAAAUUAAAAAUUUCCCUAGGACGCGCUGUUCUAUUGAUCUGUGUAAACAUAAUGUUAAUUAUGUGAGCUAAAUAAUCUGUACACAUAAAUAAAAUUGGAGUGUCUGUUUGUAAUAUUGAAAUAACCGUUUUUUACUACAUGUAUAUGAAUAUAUACCUAUACGGUACAUACACCAAAAUAUUUUUUUUUACAAUUUUGACGGGACUUUUAUUGGCAGGUAGCUGAUAUUUAUAUGGCAAGACAACGUUUGCCGCGUCAGCUAGUAUCUUAUAUAAUUUCUUCAAAAGAUGACAAACACGCCACAUUUAAAGGAAGCGUCAGUACCAGGUGUACUAUGUACUAUAAAUUAUAUUAUAUAUAAUGGUUAAUAAUAUAAUAACUCAAUGUAAAAUCUACUAAGCAUCAAGUGUAGCUCUGGUCUGAUUUAUAAUAACUUAAUAUCUUGUAUGAUUUAUUAUUGGUAUUGUUAUUGUAAGCUGUUUUAAUAAUAUCAACAUAAUAUACAUUGUAACAAAUUGUUAAUUCAGGAAAUGCUUUGUGUAAU